UAUUAUAAUCUCGCGAUAACUUGACAUCAGUGGCGGCUGUGUGGCCCCCUGUCUCUGUCCGGACAGAGUUGUUGGUGACGUUUGAAUGAAAAACAGUGUCAACUAGCCUCACAUCGGACCCGAGGAAUAAUGGCUUCAGCCCUGGAGCAGUUUGUGAACAAUGUGCGGCAGCUCUCGGCUCAAGGUCAGAUGACCCAGCUGUGUGAGCUGAUCAAUAAGAGCGGGGAGCUGCUUGCCAAAAACCUGUCCCACCUGGACACGGUGCUCGGGGCCUUGGACAUCCAGGAGCACUCCCUGGGAGUCUUGGCUGUGCUAUUUGUGAAGUUCUCUAUGCCAAACAUCCCUGACUUUGAGACGCUCUUCUCCCAAGUUCAGCUCUUCAUCAGUACUUGUAAUGGGGAGCACGUUCGAUAUGCAACAGACACUUUUGCUGGUCUCUGUCACCAGCUGACCAACGCCCUGGUAGAGCGGAAACAGCCUCUGAGGGGCGUCGUGGUCCUCAAACAGGCCAUAGACAAAAUGCAGAUGAACACAAACCAGCUUACCUCAGUGCAUGCAGACCUGUGUCAGCUUUGCUUGUUAGCAAAGUGCUUUAAGCCUGUCCUGCCCUUCCUGGAGCUGGACAUGAUGGACAUCUGCAAAGAGAACGGAGCCUACGACGCCAAGCACUUUUUAUGUUACUACUACUACGGUGGACUGAUCUACACAGGACUCAAGAACUUCGAGCGGGCGCUGUAUUUUUAUGAACAGGCAAUAACUACUCCAGCCAUGGCUGUGAGCCACAUCAUGUUGGAGGCCUACAAGAAAUACAUCCUGGUGUCUCUCAUCCUCCACGGCAAAGUGCAGCCGCUGCCCAAAUACACCUCACAGAUUGUCGGGAGGUUCAUCAAGCCCCUGAGCAACCCAUACCAUGAGUUAGCUCAGGUCUACACCACCAACAACCCAGCAGAGCUGCGCAACCUGGUCAACAAACACAGUGAGACGUACACACGAGACAGCAACACAGGCCUGGUCAAGCAAUGCCUGUCCUCCCUCUACAAGAAGAACAUCCAGAGGCUAACGAAGACAUUUCUGACGCUGUCUUUGCAAGACAUGGCCAGCAGAGUGCAGCUUUCAGGCCCCCUGGAAGCUGAGAAGUACGUCUUACAUAUGAUUGAAGAUGGCGAGAUCUACGCCAGUAUCAACCAGAAGGACGGCAUGGUCUGCUUCCACGACAACCCAGAGAAAUACAACAACCCAGCCAUGCUCCACAAAAUAGACCAAGAGAUGCUGAAAUGUAUAGAGCUGGAUGAGAAACUUAAGUCUAUGGAUCAAGAAAUCACAGUAAACCCUCAGUUUGUGCAAAAGAGUAUGGGAUCACAGGAGGACGAUGUUGGUAGCAAAACAUCCAGUUACUCCUGAAGCGCCUUGCACAGGGACAGAGUGUUGCAGCCAUCCAGCACGAUGAUCCCCGGAUGAGUAGGAUUUUUUUUAAAGAGGAAAACCUUCUAUUGCAAAAGGACACUGGUCGAGGAAAAGCUUUGUAUGGAAUGACCGUUCUUUUGUUUCAUCCUUCUUCACAGUGUUGAAAGGAAAACAAAAGAUCCUUCCAGAACAGGAAAGAUUAAAUUCUGUCAGUGUUUUAUUUAUCAAUGUUCAGGUUGAAGCUCCACCGCUACAUUAACAACAAACUGCAAAAUAAAAGCUGUACUUCUUUGUUCCAAUAAUCUGUGUGGAUAGGCUCACUGUUUGUUUUGGUUCUGCUGCAUGAUGGCAAUAAAAUGUGGGCAUUACACCGGAAGACAACACAUUAAAGGCUGGUAAGGAAUAAUCUGAUAUACUCGUGACUGUAUUCCCCCUCACUUCUUUACGUCACCAUGUAGAUAACAUCGUUAGAACAUCUGUACUAAUCUGUGUGUGAUCAACCUCCACACAUUGGAGGAGUAGCUGCGAGCUGGUGCACUGUUUUGUUUUCUCCUUCUUUCUUUAGUUUGUUUGUUUGUUUUUGUUUUAGAUCCGCUCGAGGCUGCUGGAGCAUUGUAUGAAACGUACUGAUACAUAUUGAUAGCAACAGGUAGAAUCAAACUGUCAAAAUGGGAGCUUAAGCUUUUCAAUCGUGGAUCUGUUUGUUAAUAAUAAAUUGUUUACCGAUACAG